AACCCUCCUUCAUAUGCCUUUCCAGAGGAAGCAUCGCCGCUGUGAGCGACAGAGAAAGCGCGAGACAAGCACGCACAUUCGGAGAAGUUUACCUUCGGUGCGACUCGUAAAUCUCCGUUUGCCGCGAGACACCCGCGCGAGUUUAUGAAUGAGAAACUUCACAAACGGCAAAGACGUGGAAGUUUUUAUCACGGCUUAUCUACGCACCUGGACCAAAACCUAUCGUUUGGUUUAACAGGUUUAAACGCGACUCGCUGCUUUUUGCGAAAAACAAGAGUAAAAAACAAAAAAAAACAGGCGCGCUGCAGGAGAGAAAUCUUGCGGAGUGACUUGUUUUGAUUCGUUUCAGCGUGGGAUAUUUUCAGCUUGUUUUGGAGUAAUUCUUUACAAACCUAAAUAAUCGCCACGCGAAGUGCACUUCAGCACAAGAAGUACUCAAAACUAAUAUUCAGAGGUAGCUCUAUGCUGCCGGUGUUGAUGGGCCAGUGCUGCCCACAGCUGUGUGAAUGAGCUGUCUCGGCCCACCCUCCUCGCCCAGCUGCCCUGGCAUGGCUUCUCUCAGGAUGAUGAAGUCAUGGCGUUUGCUUCUCCUGUGGGUUAUUCUAGCUCAGCUCCCCUUGGCCCACUCACGUCCCGCAGUAACCGAACAAGUCCGAACAGAGGUGAAAAUGGAGCUGUACACAUUGUUCCUUGGGGAGCGUUUGGUGCUGCAGUGCUUGGCUCAAGACGCGACCCCAGUCGUAGGCCUAGCGGUCAUCUGGACUAAAGACCAUGCUGCAGUGCUGAAUGGAGACCACAUGCGGGUGAACGGGGGCCAGCUGGAGAUCGGGUCAGUGGAGCUGACAGACUCUGGACUUUACUCCUGCACUGUCCAGAGCUUGUUCGGCAACCACUCCACAUAUUACAUCGUUAACGUGACAGGUCAUGCAGUAGCGUCCUCUGAGGAUGAGGAUGACGAUGAGUCAUCUUCAGAAGAGAACAAGCCGUCAAGUAGCCAGGAGCUCUUACCAAUGGCGCCUCGUUGGGCCCAGCCUGAAAAGAUGGAAAAAAAGCUUCAUGCCGUACCAGCUAGCAAAACGGUGAAAUUCCGAUGUCAGGCCGAAGGAAACCCGACUCCGAAAUUGCGCUGGCUCAAGAAUGGAAAAGAGUUCAGAAGAGACCAGCGCAUCGGGGGCUACAAGCUGCGGGAGCACAUGUGGACCAUAAUCAUGGAGUCUGUGGUGCCCUCAGACAAGGGCAACUACACAUGCCUUGUGGAGAACGAAUACGGAAGCAUCAAUCACACCUAUCAGCUGGAUGUAGUGGAGCGAUCGCCUCACAGGCCCAUCCUGUACGCUGGUCUCCCAGCAAACCGAACAGCUGUGGUCGGCAGUGAUGUAGAGUUUGUCUGCAAGGUGUUCAGCGAUCCCCAGCCUCAUAUUCAGUGGCUCAAACACAUACUGGUGAACGGAAGCAAACUGGGACCCGAUGGACACCCUUAUGUGCGCGUCCUAAAGCACUCGGGGGUCAAUAGCUCGGACACCCAGGUGCUGACACUCUACAAUAUCACAGAAGAAGAGGGCGGCGAGUAUAUAUGCAAAGUGUCCAAUUAUAUAGGAGAAGCCAAUCAGUCAGCCUGGUUAACUGUCCUUAGGCAUGACAUGCAAGCCCCCACCACUCCUUCUGCAGUCCCCAGUCAGUCCUACCUAGAGGUGCUGAUCUACUGCGUUGGAUUCUUCCUCAUCUUCCUCAUGGUAGGAAUCGCCACCAUCGUCAAAGUCCGCAGCUCCUCCAAGAAGAGUGACUUCAACAGCCAGCUGGCCGUCCAUAAGCUGGCCAAAAGCAUUCCUCUCCGCAGACAGGUGUCAGUGGAAUCCAGUUCCUCUUUGAACUCAGGUGUGAUGUUGGUCCGACCUUCACGACUCUCUUCCAGCGGGUCGCCUAUGCUGUCAGGGGUGUCUGAAUACGAGCUGCCCCAGGACCCCUGCUGGGAGGUGCCCCGGGAGAGGCUAGUACUGGGGAAACCUCUGGGCGAGGGCUGCUUCGGGCAGGUGGUGAUGGGUGAAGCCAUUGGGCUGGACAAAGACAAGCCCAACCGCAUAACUAAAGUCGCUGUGAAAAUGCUGAAAUCUGACGCCACGGAGAAGGACCUGUCUGACCUCAUCUCAGAGAUGGAGAUGAUGAAGAUGAUUGGAAAACACAAGAACAUCAUCAACCUUCUCGGAGCUUGCACCCAGGAUGGCCCUCUUUAUGUCAUCGUGGAAUACGCCUCUAAAGGAAACCUGCGGGAAUAUCUGCGUGCCCGCCGGCCGCACGGCAUGGAGUACUGUUACAAUCCUGACCAGGUGCCUGUGGAGAGCAUGUCUAUUAAAGACUUGGUCUCCUGUGCAUACCAAGUGGCCCGUGGCAUGGAGUACCUUGCAUCCAAAAAGUGUAUUCACAGAGACUUGGCAGCACGCAAUGUACUUGUAACGGAGGACAAUGUAAUGAAGAUAGCAGACUUCGGUCUGGCCCGGGACGUUCAUCACAUAGAUUACUACAAGAAGACUACAAAUGGCCGGCUGCCUGUCAAAUGGAUGGCACCUGAGGCUCUGUUUGACAGGAUAUACACACACCAAAGUGACGUGUGGUCUUUUGGUGUCCUUCUGUGGGAAAUCUUCACUCUGGGGGGCUCGCCGUAUCCAGGAGUGCCUGUGGAGGAGCUCUUCAAGUUAUUACGAGAAGGUCAUCGCAUGGACAGACCCUCAGCCUGCACUCAGGAGAUAUACCUGAUGAUGAAAGACUGCUGGCAUGCGGUUCCCACACAAAGGCCAACUUUUAAACAGCUGGUAGAAGACCUCGAUCGCACUCUGUCCAUGAUAUCCAAUCAGGAGUAUCUGGACCUCUCCGUUCCCCUGGAGCCCAUGUACUCUCAGGUCAUCCUGAAUGAGCGGAGUUCCACCUGCUCGUCCGAGCCGGACUCUGUGUUUUUAAGAGAGUCUGGACCCGAAGAACCCUGCAUCCCUCCACAGCAAACUGUACGAUCCUUCAAAAAACGCUGACAGGAGAGAACGCCUGGACCACCAUGUUCAUAGAAGAUCUCUCUACAUCUUUCUGCUUCCUUUGACUCGUACACUCUGCAGGCUCAGAGACUGAGGAGCUCAGCCUGGGCCGUUCUAGCACAGAAACGCAAGCAGGAGGUCGGCAGACUCUCGAAAACAAGACUGAUCGCAACAGAGAGGGAACGUUUUUGGCCAGCGAUUUUCCUUCAGAGGGAUCGAUCCUCACUAAUAAGGUGUUCGCAAAACAUCACAGAAGGAUAAAAUGCUCAUCGGCGCCAACAAAGUCAGUGGAGUAGAGAAAUAAUUUCAAGUGUUGGCUUUGUAAAUGUACUUAAAUUGUACAAAAAUGAAAUUAUAUAAACACUAUGUUUUUAUAUAACUAUUAUAAUUAUUAUUAUUAUUAUUUUUGUAUGACUUUAUCCCGUUAUGUUUAAACAUGAUCCGCAGCAACAUUUUGUCGUUGCUUUUCAUUUUUAUUUCUGCAGUCUAGCAAUGAAAUCUCAUUAGACAAAAAAUGAUAGGACAUUAUAUCAAGACUGAAAUGUGUAAUUUUGUUGCUUUGAAGAUGUUCAGAUACUUUCUUGCAUCUCUGUAAUUCAAAAACGGUCUUUGGUUCCCCGAAAAACACUAUUGCACUCUCAAAAUAUUUUUCUGUUCGAUCCUGACCUGCUCAGUGUAGCAACAUUGGCUUAACCAGUAUCAGGGACUGUCUGUUCGACCAAUGGAAGAUGAAGUAAAAGUUUAGGAAACCUGUUUGAAAACAGUUAUUUUAUGCAGUUUGGCCUUUAAACAUCAAACAUGCUCUGACUGGCUGUGACUGUGUUGAAUUUUCUCUUUCACUGUUCAAAAUUUCAUCUCGUGCCUGUUUAGAAGAAGGUGUCACAGAUUUAUAUGUUAAAAAUAAGCUACAAAUGUUCCUAUUGCUUGCUGUUACGAUCGUAAAUGUCCUGAAACACUACAUUCAAGCGUGAAUGAAUGUUUAGUAAGUAUUAAUAUGAAACAGCUGGAAUGUGUAUGUCUGUUUAGCGUCAUCUUGGUGGUUGACAAUCUGUUAGCACCAGUUUCAAAGCAUAGCAUGUCUGUAGCUUCUUCAUUAUUUUAAGCUAAACAACAGGGUUUAUAUGACAGGAUUGGCAACUUAUUGUGUAAAAUUUUGUUGUUGAAUAGAGUUUUGAUGCUUGUGUGAUUGUUUAUGUAUGUCCUGAUGUGAAUUUCGAGGCAGUGGCCAUGCACUUAUAUUCAGGCUGUCAAUAAGCUGACUGAUAUUGCCUUUCCUGUGGGAAUAUAAAUAAAAAAUGUUAUAUAUAAAAUAAAA